UUGGUUGGGCAGUUAAAUUCUAAAGUGCGGAAGUAACUUUGUGGUUUCGCUUCUUAUCGCUCAGAAAUCAACUCUCUUUUCACAUCCAAAACCAAGCCGGUAUGGAAGGGCGGCAAGAGCAAGAACGCCAGAAGACCCUAGCACUUGCCCAGGCACGCUUCCAGAAGGGCGAGUACAUCGAAGCGGAGGCGCUGUACUCCGCAUACAUUCGCCAGUGCGCCUGUGCAGCUGCCGUAGGCACGAGUCCCAGGAGCAAAUGCAGCCCCAAGGAUUUGGCUACUGCGUACAACAACAGGGGGCAAAUCAAGUACUUCAGGGUUGACUUUGACGACGCCAUGGAUGACUACACAUCCGCCAUACAAGUCCAACCCAAUUUUGAAGUUCCAUAUUAUAACAGAGGGCUCAUACUUUAUAGGCUCGGGUAUUUUGAUGAAGCUUUGGAAGAUUUCAAAAAGGUAUUAGACUUAAAUCCUGGAUUUCAUGAUGCUACUUUGAGCUCAAAACAGACUAUUCUGGACAAAGAAGAAAAACAGAGAAGAAAUCCUAAAAAAAAGUCAUUGAAAAAUUUAACUUAAUUGAAAUGUUAACUCAUGAUCCUUAGCUGUAUAUCUACUUGUCUCUAAAAUAAGUAUUGAGCUAUUUUAAUUUAUGCU